AUGUCGAGCUCCGACUCUGACCCCGACAACGAUCGUUUCAGCUCAUCCCUGGUUUUGAGAGAAACCUUUGAAGAUUCAGCCUCUCAAACCAACCCACUUUUCAUUCCCGAACUCUCCAAUAUGAUUAUUGAGGCACUUGGCGAGAGAACUGCAGAGAGCCCCAAGUAUCUCAACAAAAGAAGCCUGGCUAACCUGGCUGCUACAUGCCGCUAUCUCGCGGCAAGCAUCGAGACCUUACUCUAUGCCCUGGACGUCGAGGAUGAACAGCUGAGAGGCCUCAAGUACGCUAUUUUUCUCGAUGAUCAUAUGGCCAUCAGUAUCAUGAACAAGUACCCCGGAGAACUUCUCAAAUCGUGCGUCGAUUCCGUGCUUGACUUGGAGGUUGAUCGGGACCAUCCCCAGAACCCCCAGAACCCCCAGAACCCUCAGGGCGCGCAGGUGCAGGUGCGAGAAACAGGUACUUAUACCUUGCUUCACAUUGCUGCUUUUAACAACAUGUAUGACACCAUUAUCAAACUGCACCAACUUGGUGCCCAGUGGCGCUAUUGCAAAAACAUCCGGGCCCUUUUGACAACCGAAGAGCGAGAUACCCUCGCUUCUUCCUUUCCGGCCUUUCGAAGUAUGUUCGGCAAUAUGAAUUGGGCACCCAAUCUUGCGUGUCUGGUUAAAAAGGAGACCUAUACCUGCAAGCUUUUGACUAAGUACUGGCCGGAAUCUUUCCCGUUCGUUGGGAAAUUCAUGUACCCAAAUGGCCCGCUUCCUGGAUCCAGAGUCGUUGAGUACACUAUGACACUCGUACACCUUUUCCUACUUCGCGCCCCCUCCCAGGAUAUGUCGAGACUGGUAAACAAGGCACUCAAGCAAUAUCCUGAGUUGAAGGACUUCCCUGCAACAGAGCACCAGUACUCUAUCUAUCACCUCGCUGUCCAGGCACAAAACAAAACGUUCCUUCUCGACGCCUGGCCCGGAGUGAACGACAGAGUACCCCAUUUCGUCGAUAACAGGGGCUAUAACCCACUCCAUCUCGCAUUUAUCGAAUCCUUGAAAGUAAACCCUGGCCGUAACCCUCGAAGUCAGGCUGGAACUACACAAGUCCUUCAGUACCUUCUCGGUAGGAGAUUGAACCCAAUGAUGCCACAGACGAAGGCUCCCUACAAAACUCCGCUCUUGAUGGUGGCAAGAAACGUAAUCAUUGACUGGAACGGACAAAACCGUGUCAUCAAAAAGAAUAUUGAAGACAUUGCGUCGGCAGAGAGACGGUUCACUAAUGCCUGGGGCUUCGGCCCUGUUGUCUACUCGAUGAAUCGUCCCGACUGUAAUGGAAACACGGUACUCCGGUACAUCACUAAAGCCAUCAUCAACUACCACGUUGCUAGUGGUAGCAAACCCCUAGAGAACUUGUUUUCCAGGAUGGUUACUGAGUAUGGCGCUGAUAUUAACCUCGAUGUUAAUACCUUCCCAACCCCUUACAACCGACCAUACAUCCACUCCAUCCAGUGGAUGGCCGACAACUCAACUGGCCGCAGGCGGUUCAAGGUUCUCGUCAGCGAACUUGGCGGUCGGUUCCAUGCUGCGGAGGUUGCCGGAGCCUAUGCACCAACUGUAGCAACAGCCAACUUUAUUGAUGAUGAGCCCCAUGCGCCGUACCUUCCCCAUGGCCACCCUUAUGCCCUUGCACCACCCUUCAAUAGGGCUUUUAUUCAGAGAAGCCCAUCAGAGGAGACUCGGUUCCAAGCUGAUGUCAGCAUUUCCCGCGCUGCAUUUGUGACAGCUUUGGUCCAAGACGGCGUCUCACAAGAAGAGGCCGAGGCAACUGCGUCUGUACACAUGGCAGCCAGGAUCCAGCGAGCUCAGAUCAACUAA